GGUUGCAAAACAUAAAUAAAUCGAUUAGGUUGAAUACAAAAUAGACCAAAUCUAAACAAAAGAAGUUCUCUUGUGAAAAAUACGAAACGCCCGCAAAAAUGGAACAGCUUUCGGGUGUUAUGAUAAUAAUUAUCAUAGGCGGUGGCGUACUGACUUUUGUGAUGCUCUUCAUAUUUGCCAAACGCCAGAUAAUGCGGUUCACGCUCCGUAGUCGUCGCGGUCCCCAUGUGCCAGUAGGCAAUGAUGCCAAGAAGGCGUUGCGCCGUGAAAUUGAACGCAGAUUGGACUGCAUACAAAAGAUAGCACAGGAGCCAAAGUUGCUAUGGACCGAUACCGACAAGUAUAUAUUGCAGCCAGGAACGGAGCAGGAACUGCCGCCCUAUUACUAUCGAAUGAAGGCCGUGGACGAUGUUAAAUUGGUAGAGGCGGAGAUAGCGCGUGCGGAUGGCAGCAUACGUCACGCCCAUGAAAGCUUGCGAGCCUUUCUAUUGACAACCCUCUCCGUUACGCUUAAUGGUACUGGGCAGCGCAUAAUACAUCAGUUCUGCGACACAUAUGAGCACGCGCGCCACGAUCCAAACGAAUUUGGAAAGGACGAAUACGAGGCGUAUCAUCAUAUGCUCCUGAAACUACUGGAAGCUGCUAAGCAGCUUAAAAACUACAAUUCUAGAAAGGCUUCGCCUGCACGUACACCACGUAAACAGAAAAUGCAUUCGUUGCUCGAUCCAGCUCGGCUGCGUCCGCCACCCGUCGUGGAGCCACAGAACGAGCUUGCAGCUGGUCAGCAUGCCAAAGUGAACAUGACGCUGGGACUGCAGGGCGAUGAACUGGUGGCUGCUGAGCUAGCCACCAAUCCAUUGCACUUGCAAGCACCUGCCGAGCGAGAUCUUAUAAUCCGGAACCGUAUAAAGACACCCACACUAGAUGAUAUUGUGGUUGAGACAACGGCGGAGCAGCCUCAUGGCGAUGCGAAUACCAGCAUUGCGGAGCAUGAAAUAAUGAGCAUCUCGUCGGUGCAGCUGCAGCGCAACUCGAGUGUUGUUUAAAGACAUUCCCAGAUGUCGGAACGCUCAUCUGCGUAAAUACUAACCAAAGUUGAGGUAAAAUAGGCACAUCAUGUCAUUUAUUUCUGUUAGUUUUUCGUAUAUGUUAUAUUAUUAUGUUCAUAUAAUUUUAAGAUAAUAUAUAAGUAAUUAAAUCUAAUUGAAUGUAUGAUCGUCAUUACUGAGACUAUGUAAAUAUAAUUAUAAUUAUUUGAUCCUAAUUUAAUUGUGUUUAGAUGUAAGCAAUAAAACUCAAGGUAAUUAUA